AUGUUCACAGUCACCAGAUCCCCCUUGUACGAUUUCAACACCUUGUUCCAUACCUUGGACUCGGUGAACCAGUACCAGCAGGCGCAACAGCUCUUGCAACAACAGUACGAAGCAUCAAGACCUAAGAUCGUCAAGAAGGUUGAGACAGAGGAUAAAUACCAGAUUCAGAUUUUCAAGAAGCAGGGCAACUUCAACACUUAUGAAGUGAAGGUCUUGCGUAACGCUGCUUAUGGAGACAGUAACUUGAUCAACUUGGUGAUCGAGUCCAGACGCGAUGACUUCCGUAAGGUGUUCCAGUUUAGCUUGAAUGACAUUGAGGUUGGCGACAUUGACUGGGAGUACUUCGAGGCUGACAAUGUUUUGGUCUUGAACGUUCCUAAGAAAGUGAAGUACUGCGCUGACGACUAUGUCAACUCUUUGCUUGCCAGUAUGCUUGGCUUGCCAGGCCACCAGGGCCCUCCAUGUUCUCCAUGUCACGGUGAACGUAAGGAGAGAAAGCACAAGCACAGAAGAGAGAGAAGACACAGAGACAAGGAAGCUAGACUUGAGGCUGCUAGAGCUGAGGCUGCUGAAGCUGAAGCUAAGGCUAAGGCUGCCAGAAUCGAAGCCGCCAAGGCUGAAGCUGCUAGAGCAGAAGAAGCUGCUAGAUUGGAAGCUGCCAGGCGUGAAGCUGCCAGACGUGAAGCUGAAAGACAGAGAGCUGCUGAGCAAAAGGCUAAGAGAGCUGCCGAGGAAAAGGCUAAGAAGGUCGCUGAGGAAAAGGCAAGAAGACUUGCAGCCGUGCGUGCUAAGAAGCAGGAAGAGUUGGCCAAGCAGAGAAGCGAAGAACAGGAAAGAUUUAACGAACAGUUGCAGAAGCAGCAGGAGUUCAUCUAUUCGCUCUUUGGUGGAGCCUUGCCAGGAUUCCAAUUUGCCAGACCCCAAGCUCAGCCUGAAAAGGUUCCUGAGCCUAGAGAAGCUGCUCCACAGAAGCAAGAGUCCAAGAAGCAGGCAAUUCCAGACCCAGUUGAAGACAGCGAACCACUCACUGGUAGCGAUACCGAUAUUGAAUCCGAAACGGAGUCUAUCCAUUCCGAUAUCUCCACUCCAGACUCGAGAAGCUCAUUGAAGAGAAGCGGCGAGGAUCUUUCUGGCAGUGCUGAGAAACUCCACAGGCAUCCUUCUUUGGAAGAAGUCGAAGACGAGGAAUUCGUCAUGUUUAGGAAGAAGUUUGGCGACCAAUAA